CCCGGCCCGGCGUGGCUCGUGGUACGCGCCAAGAUGGCGGCCCCCGCGGUGCGGCGCGGGCUCCUGCGGGCCCGGCGCGUGGCCGUGCCUCCUCCUCACCUUUCCCCGGCAGGUAAACGGUUCCUGCUUUCUGCAGCCUACUCAGACAGCCACAAAUGGGAAGCAAGAGAAAAAGAACAUUAUAACCUCGCCGAUCUUGCAUCCUUAAUGGACAAAACAUAUGAGAAAAAAUUUCCUGUUAGUUCUUUAACAAUAUCACGGUUUGUAGACAACAUUUCGUCUCGAGAAGAAAUAGACCAUGCAGAAUAUUACCUUUACAAAUUUCGACACAGUCCCAACUGCUGGUACCUAAAAGACUGGACUGUCCACACUUGGAUUAGGCAGUGUUUGAAGUAUGGUGCACAAGACAAAGCCUUAUAUACCCUUGUCAAUAAGGUUCAGUAUGGAAUUUUUCCAGAUAACUUUACAUUCAAUUUACUGAUAGAUUCUUUCAUAAAAAAAGAAAAUUACAAAGAUGCUUUAUCUGUGGUUUUUGAGGUCAUGAGGCAAGAAGCCUUCGAAGUGCCUUCCACUCAGCUGCUCUCCCUCUACGUUUUAUACCAUUGCCUGGCAAAGAAGACAGACCUCAGUUGGGAAGAGGAGAGGAACUUUGGUGCCUCCUUGUUACUUCCUGGCCUAAAACAAGAGAACCCCGUGGGGUUAAGUUCCCAGUUGUAUGGCUAUGCACUUCUUGGGAAGGUGGAGUUGCAGCGUGGGCUCCGCAGUGUGUACCAUGACAUGCCUCUCCUGUGGAAGCCAGGCUACCUCGACAGGGCCCUUGGAGUGAUGGAGAAGGCGGCCGCGUCCCCGGAGCACCCGAAGCUGAGUGCAGAAGCGGUGGAUGUGCUGGGUGGAGUGCUGAGAACACUGACAUCUCCAGCCGCCCAGGCCUCGGAGACACAGCCCCAAGAAGGUGAGGACCAGCAGGGCGCCGGAAGCCUGCAGGAGCAGCUGGACGUGGAGGAGCAGCUGGACGUGGAGGAGCGCGAAGAGUCCAAGCUUCCCCAGUACCUGGAUCGAUUUAAGGCCUCGCGGUCUCAGCUGCAGGCUCUGGGCAGAAUUGAGGCUGAAAGCCUUUUGACUCUGACCACCCAGCUUGUGAAGGCCAAGCUCCCCGCCUGUGAGGCCAAGGACCUCGCCGCCCACGAGCAGAAACUGCAGCAGUGGCACCUGGAACUGGUGCAGCUGACACAGAGGGAGCAGGAGGAGCGGGAGAAAGCCAAGCAGAAGCACCAGGCCUGGGUGGCGGCACAGACGGCGGCCUGAGAGACCGCUAGCAUUCAGCACAGGCUGCAGACUCACACGCAGCCUCGUCUGUCCUCCUCUCAAAAGCCACAGUGUGCCCCACGUCAUGACACUGAAUGCCAGCCCUGCUGCCAAGUAGGAUGGCGUCGAGCCAUCGGCUAAACCCCUUGAAGAGGCUCUUGAGGCACGCGGCGGAGUCCUGGGCUCAGAUCAGCUGAGGGCAUGGGAAGUCCCUGGUCCUUUGUGAGGGUGGCGGGAGGAAGGAGCUGGAGCUGAAGUCAGGUCUCCUACACGGACGUUUCCGUGGUUACCCUGUCCUUGGCCCGGGCACACCACACCAAGGUGAAGCGUACAGGUCCCGGGCCUCGUGUCCAGGACUCCCUCCCCGCGAGCCAGCCCACAUUCCUCCCCCUCCUUCCCACCAUGCUCCGCUCUGGGCAGAGCUGGGGGCAGCAGUGACCUCAAGACCACAGCACGACUGGACUCCAGAUGUUGGGCUCCCCGUGACAUUUCUACAAUACAGGGACCUCCAAGAAGAAACGUAGCCCUGGCUGUAAUGAUUCUGUGGCUUGGCUUUUCUUGUUAUAUUCUCCCAAGCACUCUUUCAGCUCCUUUGUCAAGCAGGUGGGUGGACCAUUGUGUUCAUACGCACACACGUACGUACACACACAACUCGGAAACACAGUUCUAGAAGUUGGAGGAAAUGAGAGAAUGGGAUGGUGCUUGCUGUGCAGAACUGAUACGAAUCAUUGUGAAAGUGUCAGAAGGCAGAAAAUUCCUUCUUGAAUUUUCUCCUUCAUGAAAAGAUUACAGACAACUUUUGCUUGAGGUAGUUUUACUCAGGAUUGUACUCUUAUCCAGAACCUGUGGAAAUAAAGAAUAUGCCACA